CGAACAGUUUCGAAUCCACCUCGUACUGAGCAGGUUGUCCUCCAGUGGAAUAAUAAAUAGCCGCCGCAGUAUGCAGAACGACAAAUUCGCGCCGCCGAUCGGGUUCAGUUCCGGGCCACCGCAGCCGGGACAGCCGCAGCAAGGAUAUCCGGCUCAGUACUACGGACAGCCCCAGCCCCAGGUCACUCCGGCCAUGAACUACGGAGGGCCACCACCAGCGCCUCCGCCACCACCAUACGAGCCACCUACCAGGGUGCCACCAUCGCGUGAAGGAUGCUUCGCUCGCGGACGAAGGAACAGGCCGCAGGGGAAUACUUUGAGCUCAGCUAGUUUCAUAUUUAUGUCUGGAGGCCUCAACAUCGCGUGGAGUAUGGGAUUCCGAGGACCAAUAAUUUACACGAGCGGCAAACACAAUUACAUAGCCUGGUUCAUUGGUGGUAUUAUUGGAGCCUUGGUCAGCUGCUUCCUCACCAACAAACUGGCCAAGAAAUAUAUCAUGCUUAUCGCAUCGGCUCUGGUCUCGAUUGGAGGACUUGUGAUUGCCUGCACCAAAAAUAAUGGAGACGCCACUGUGGCAGGAUGCUACCUCGAUGGCAUCGCCAACGGCUUGGUAUUUGCUCCAUUUUUGGCCCUGGCCGGAGAGGUGUCUGUGGCCGAUAUGCGAGGAAAAAUAGCCACCAAUAUGGAGCAAAUCGGUUACAAUACUGGAGUCUUGCUUCAAAUCAUCUAUACCAGUACUUGGAGCUACAGCUAUUAUAAUACCAAUAAUUUCACAGCCGAGAACCUGAAGGGAGUGUUCAGUGCAAUAUUCGGCCUUUUUGCCUUGCUGAUGGGCGUAUUAUUGACUAUCGAAUCGCCGGUUCAGUUGUUGGCCAACAACGAUGAACAGGGAGCCAUCGACUCACUUCGUCGGCUUCAGAAGCCGGCCACUCUGACCGAUGAGACCUACGAUCAGUUGGCGGAGCACAAACGCUACUUGGCUCACAAUAAGGACCUGUCAGUAGGACAGAGUAUUUCCCAGGCCCUUCCCACCUUCGUGCGACUCGCCUAUCUGAGAGCCUUGAAUGCCAUGAGCCUCUCCUCCUUCGUGGCCUUGACUCUGGCCUUCUCCGCUUACCUGAACUACGGGUUGUACAGCGCGGAAGGUUGGUACCUAUUUUUCGCCUUCUUCCGCUUCAUUGGCGCCUGCAUUCCCGCCUUCGGGGUAGAUUCCUUGGGGAGGAAGAAGCUUCUGCUCUUUGGCCUGCUCCUCUCAUGCUCCAUGGGCUUUGCCAUUGGAGUCCAGUAUAACUAUACCCAUGGUUUCCACGGAGUGACCAUACUGAUUGUGGUUUUCGCGUUCUUUUCCGGACUGGCAUUUACUGGAACCUCUGCAUAUCUGUCGGAGGCUUAUCCUUUGGGAGUAAAGCAGCACUUCCUCGCUUUCACCUUCAUUGUGGAGAUGCUUGUAUUUAUGAUUAUCACGCUAGUCGAUUUCAACUUAUACCAUGGUGGCUCGCAAUUCUUUUAUGCCAUUGGAAGCCUAUACCUAGUUGGAUUCAUCGUGGGAUGCGUUUCACUGCCGGAAACCCGAUUGAUGACUUUGCGAGGCGCCCAGGAACUUUUCAACAGAGUUAAGAACACACAGCUUAACUGAUGGCCACGAUAAUUCCAACACCAAGGGGCCUUAUUUAAUAUAUCGAUUAUGUUAAGUUU